AUGGUUCUCUUUGUUAUCGGUGACGCAACGGGUGCUCUCUAUGCAUGUUCUAGGCUAGCCAUCGAUCUUGCUGCAGGGGUAUAUUCCAUACCAGCCCCUUGGCAAGGCUGCGCAGCGCCAGUUCCACAAUUUGAAUUCGUUCUAUCGGCAUAUGUUCCAGCUUUGACUCUUGCCCUCUUAUUCCUGGGACUGACGUUAUGGAAAUUAUUCCAAACGCAUAGGUCUUUGAACGGCGGCAUUACGUUGAAGAAAAUGCGCGAGCUCGAGUCCGUUUCUCCACUUUUGAUGGCCUUUGUUACAGAUGGUAGCGUUUUCUUUGCAUUGAUUGCCGCGGCGCUUGUCAUUGGUAUGAUCCCUUCCUUCGCUGUUAGUGGCCCUAUACAAUCAGCUUUUCUACCGUGGACCAUGGCAUUUUAUUCUUAUUCCGGAGCACACCUCAUCCUCAACCUCCGGUCGCGUGUUCUCGGGCAGAACGCCACUCCGACGUGGAAUGAUACGCUUGAAUUCGCACAUCCGGUUUCCCAGAGAACACAAACAGCCGAUGUGCCAUUGGACGACAACCCUGUAUAG